UUUACUAAGAAUAUCGAAGCGUUACUGGAAGGGGUAGUGAAUAGGGAGUGGGGAAAUGAAAGCGAGCAUCGCGACGUUUUUAGGAGUCGCGCUAACACUUCCAUCGACAUUGCAUUUGAAGAAAUAGACACAAGAAAAAACGCAGUUGUAACACAGAAAUCUUCAGUUAUUAGUGGGUGCCAUCGAUCUAGAUAACGAAUAACUCAUCGAACACUAUGUCAAGACCUAUAUUAAGCCGACCACGUACACGUGUUUAUGACUGUAAUUACGACAAAGGGGAGUCUUACUACAAACCGAUGAUGGAUCAUUUGGAUAGAAAAUACAGUACACGACCACUUUUUCCGGAGUCAAGAGGUUCAUUUGCUGAUGAGAUUGCGGCAAGACGUAGCGACAUCGGUAGCCGUAACUUGUCUGGAUCUCGAAACGGCAUCUCUAAUAGUGAUCUAGACUAUGAAUCACCUCGACCUAAAAAACAAAUUUCACACUCUUUUUACGGACGAACUCAGGAUGAUGAUGAUGAUGACAAUGAGGAGACAGUUUAUGAUAUAUGGGGACAACGUACCAAUCGCCGCAAAUUGAGAAAUGAUGUUUCAAAUGAAAUUGCUUCAACUACACAAUGUUUCAAAGAUCAAGCAGCUAAUUUAAGUCAGAACACAGAUCAUACUAGUGAGCUGAAACAUUCAAUUCAACAACAAUUUCAUAAUAUUGAAGACAAAGUCUCAAAGAACUUUAAAUAUACAAGAGAUGAUAAUAAUUUCAUCCCAUUUCAACGUUAUUCUGAUAAUAUGUCAGAAUCUAAAAGAGAACAUAUUCCUCCUACAAAGUGGUCAAAAUUGUUAACACCAGACUUCGAUACAUGCUCAAAUGCAACUAUUAGAGCACGACAAACAAAGGCACGACUAGAAGAUUUAGAAAAUGAAAUUGAAGAAUUAGCCGAGCGACAAGCUCAGCGUGAACGUCGAGCAGUUGCUCUCAAAGCUUUUGUUAAUGAAAAUACUUCUUCUAGUCAAUUUUUAGAACGAAAUGAACAAAGCCAUACUUUUAAAUGUAGUGAAAAAAAAGAAAAAAAUGUCAAUUUCUGAAUAAUAUGUUUUCAAGAUUUAAUUCACGAA